AUGACCUCUGCACCGCCGCUCCUCUUUCUGUUGUCUCUGCUGCUGGCCUUGUCGGCCACCCAAGCGCAGAAGAAGAAGGCUGACAAUCCUCUCUUGCGUGGAAUUCAAGGCAAACUUGGGAGUAUCAGUACCAGUAUUAAUAGCAGCAAGAACCACACCAAGUCGUUUUGUGAUCGAGUCAACACUACGGGAAUUUCCAAGGACUGCUCUUGCCGCAAUGGAAACGAAACUGCCAGCGAUGAAGGACCGCUCAGUUUUGUAGUAGAAUGCGAACGUGCCUUUGAAUCCAUGGUGUUCAACGACACGAUCGGGUUGAAGCUGGUAGUGGCUCCCUGUGAUCAAGCGGGCAGUUCAGUUUCUUUCAAUGUCGUGGAAAAGAAUCACAACUUGGAUUACGAAAUUUCCGGAAUUCACGCCGGUGACGAAGUCAAUUAUCCCAUUCCUGGCGUCAGCGCCAUUGUACCUGGAAUUGGACAUAUUGGGAUUGAUGUGGCUGUUUUGAUUUUUGGAAAUCCCGAUGAAUUGUCCAUGAAAGUCGGCGUCAAUGCGUGUGCUGCGGUGCGGGACAAGCAAGUGUGUGCUUCGGCCAUUCCGGGAUUGUCGCGAAUAUUGCCCUGGUGGAUUUUAUGGGGAACCUAUUCCUUUGGAGAUAUUUGCACGGCCAAUAGUACUAGCACAGCAGCAGCAGCGGUCCGCAUGGGCUCGACGCCAAUGGAACGAUUGGCCAAGCAGCAACAAGGAGUGAUCAGCGAGGCUUAG